AUGCGGUGUAAAGUCCUCGUCUACUCCGUCCUGCUGACUCUCAUAAAGCAUGGUGAGUAUUUUGUCAUUACAUUCACAGGCUGGUCACAAAAGCUGCAUUGUUGAUUCUUCACUUCACGCUGACCAGGUUGGUCUGGGAAUAUUGACUGUCAGGUAUCUCAGGUUGACUUUGAAAUCUGGGCCGGUAACAGGGGCUUUUUGCAGACCUAAUGCAAAUCAUUACUUUGUUUGCGCAUUAUUUAGUGUAAACUUAGAUAAGUUUAAAAAACGCUGCAGUGCAGUCUGGUCCAGACAUUGUAGUGUCGAAAUUCACCCAAUCUUGUUUUUAGGGGAUUAAUGACAAACGCAUAGAGUGACACAAGAAUUAGAGCAGGUGUUGGGCUUUAUCUUUACCAUGAAACAGAUUCAGACAAACUUAUUACUCAGCAUUUGUGCUCUGUCAUGAAACAGAUUUACGCACAUGUCUAACUCCCUGGAUUUUCCAAAAUGAAUAUGUUGUUCGUUGAGUUUGUAAUUCAGGAAAACUGGCCAAAAUAUUUGUUCAAUGUGGACAUUUUUCCCCAAACUUAUCCUUUCAGUAAAUAUCUGUUAGAUGCAAAAUUCAUCAUGCAUUUUAAAGCUUAGAAAUGUAACAUAUAAACACAUACAUACACUGAUCAUUGUAUUAACUGUUUUUUUUUACAGCUUUACCAGUAUAGAGGAGAUAAGUGUAAUGUAGGUCAGCACAUUUCAUACUGUACCUGACCCUAUUUUUCAAAUCUGAGAAAUAUAGAAAAUUAGACCGUUUUAAAAAUUACACAUGUGACUUCAAACAUCUGAACUGUAAGUUUGAACUAAGUUUAAUUGAUCUCAAUGUUGAUCUAGUGUGAUAAGUCUUGUUUUAAUGUUGGUUUACUUUGAUAUGAUCUGCCAACAGCUUGAACCCAUUUGUACCUUUAUCAAAAAUAGACACUUACUCACCAAAGCAGACUGUUUAUUUGGCCCUUGUUCUUUUCCAUCCUUUCACCUCGCAGUGAUCGAACCCAUUUAUCACACUCGAGAAGUGCAACACAAACACUUCACACCAAAGAAACUCUUCAGAGCUUGGCUUUAUACCUGCCAACAAGUAUUUAUUGUACGAGUUACUAAUUAAACUGAUUGUGUGGCAAGAUAAGACUGAAAGGUGAUAUAUUUACACGGUUUAAAGGAAAUACACAGAGAUUGUUGUUUAUAACUGGGGCUGAAAAGGAAGAAUUUCAAGUGGAAAUUUUCAAGAAAUGAACUCUUUCCCUUUUUCUGUUCAGGAAAUGUUUUCGCAGUUGGCUUGUAGUUUUUGGUAACACUUCAUAUGAACAACCCACCAUAUUUACUGCUCAUUAGACUUUAUAAACAUUGUUAUAAGCCAUUACUAUCACUCAACAAGGUUGUCAUGAAGCCUUGGAGAUGCAUUUAUAAGUCUUUAAAAUUGUGCUUAAGGUGAAUUUUAAGAGAUGAAUUCCUAUAAAGUGUUUUUCUUGUGUUGUAAAUUAAGUUGUAACAAAAGAUCCUCAGUGUAAGGAAGUUCUUUAGUUACAGUGACAAUAAAACUGUGAUUUGGUGUAUUUUUUUAUUUAAAAAUAUCAUAAAAAUCUUGAAUCAUUUUGACCCAAAAAGUUAGUUUUACAGCCACGUUUGAUUGAUAACAGAAGCUAGCCAAUUUGACAUAACAGACGAGGUUGUCAUGGUUUAUUAACACAACACAGAAAGAAGGACAGAAAGAAAACAUUUGGCACACAGAAGGCCAAAAAAGCAGGGGAAAACUUACUACUAAAGAGAGUCCAUACAAAAAAAAGACAGGAAAUCCAAAGCAUACCUACUUAGUCAGGCUGAAGGGAAAACCACCGAGAACCUGCAGAGAAAAAGGAGAGCUGAGGCAACAAACUGACACAAAAGGAAGGUACACAGUCACUAAAUACACCAGGAGUAAUUAAACUCAGGUGUGACAAACAAGACACAGAGAGUUAAAGAAUUAGAGGGAAUAAUGCAAGGCAGGAAUUGAAACAGGACAUGACACUGGAGGAGCGAGAACUUCCAAAAUAAGACAGGAAAUGACUGCGAAAUACUGCUGAAGGGAGGAAAACUGUAUUUGUAAGUAAAGAAUUCUUUCACAUCUUUCUUCCUGAGACAAAAUCUGUUAUAGGUGUAGCAAUGGCCCCAUUAGCAUUAGCCACACAAGUUAUUAGCCUCAGGGUUAUCAAUAUGUACCAAAGUGCUGAGGGUGGGGUAGUGGAGUAUUUCCCAAGUCCAGGGUUCAAUAUUAUGGUCUUUGUCAUUUGUUUUUAAGUGGGAUGUAGUUGUGGGAAACAUGUUAGUUUAGAUUAUUGUUGCAUGAUAGGAUGUGAUUAGAGAUGCACAGAUCCAUUUUUCCCGAUCCAAUUCGAUACCAAUACCUGAGCAUAUCGGCCGAUAUCCAAUACCGAUCCAAUACUACUGUAUACUGAACUGUAUACCUCCCCCUGUGAGUAGAGGCAUCAGGCUUGACAUUAGCCUUGUUUUAAAGUAACAAAUUAACACAGAUGUAAAUUUACUCAAUAUUAUUUAUUAACAAAUAACAAAUUGCACAUUAGCAAAAAAAGUAAGACUUACAUUUAUUAAAAGAAAAAUUGAUUAAAAGAAAAAAAGACUGGAUCGGAACGCUGGAUCGGUGUCAUUCAUCUGAUAUCCGAUCCAGUUAUUUUGUCAAUAUCGGAGCCGAUUUCCAAAUAUCGAUCGAUACAUCCCUAGAUGUAAUCUUCCUUUAAGACUUUAUUUACAAACAUAAAGCCUCCCUGUAUUUUAAGAGCUUUCCUCUACAUCAGAACCACACUGUUACAAACCUUCCUCUGUGUAUAUGUAUGUAUGUGUGUGCAGAAAGCAGCAUCAGAGCACUGUUUGGUAAAGGCUCUUUUUCUCACUUCAUCUAAAACCGCCUCUACUCUCUCCUCUUCAGCCUCUCCAUCUGAAAUACAGGCCAGCCCAAACACAAAUGCCACCCUCCCCUGCAACGUGACGUUCCCCCUUUCUGCGGACAAAAUAGACAAGUCUCUCAUCAAAGCCGGCUGGACCAGAAACAGCUCUGAAAUCGCUUCAUUCACUAAAUCAGAGGGGCGUAUAAAGGAAGGCUUCAGCUGGGAAACUGCUGAUUUCAUCAAUGGGGACUUUUCACUGACUAUCCUCAGGGCCAGUCUUGACCUGCAGGGGGUGUAUGAAUGCACCGUCAGCUACGACUCCACAAUGGAACACUCUAGUAACACUACAUUUAACAUCCUAGGUAUGUCCUCCGUCAGAGUUGAUGUUCACAUUCAAGCUGGACUCUUUUAUCUUACCCUCUGUCUCCCUUUUAGCCUCUCCCACUCUGUCUAUCCCUCAGCAGUGGGUGGUGCUACACAAAGAGAGCCAUCUAAAGUGCCAUGCAGAUGGUUUCUACCCUCCUCCUGUGUCUUUCUCCUGGAUCAGAGACGGCCAAGUGAUACAACCUCCCUAUGAAGUUGAAGGGGAGCAGACCCCACAUGGGUACUACAUGGCGGUGGGCAAUCUGACCUUCUAUCCUUCCCGUGAGGAUCAAAACGUGACCUUUGGGUGCGUGGUGUCACACAGCGGCAGCGAUCAGGAGCUGGAUUUUCAGCUUAAUAUUACAUGUGAGUGACAUAAGGCAUCUGACAUCAUGAUCAUGACCACAAUGAGUCAUCACAUUUCUCUUUCUGGUAAGGACUGGAAUAGCUUGUUCCAUCGAUCAUUUCAUCUCACAGCUGCCAAGAAUGCGUCUUGUUUUAAUCUUAAUAAGCUUGUAAGCGCAACCGAAGAUUCAAUGAUAUGUUUCUCAUCAUUUCCCAGACCAACCUUCUGUCAGGCUUCACGUGGUGCCGUCCAAAUCUGAUAACAGUCCCCUCACGCUUUACUGUGACGUGGAGAGUUUCUACCCCGAGGACGUGUCUGUGUCAUGGUUUCAAAAUGGUACAGUCCUCCCAGAACUCCCCAACACUGACCAGAACCCUGAUGGGACCUUCAGGACCAGGCGUUUUUAUACCUUGAGUGCAGAUCAGAGGGACCUGGGUGGGGAGGUGGCGUGUGCAGUAAACCAGCCUGGAGUAGCUCAGCCUGUUAGUGGCUCUGCAUUUCUAGAGAAGCUUGAUCCCAGAGGUGAGGUUUUUAGUUAUAUUCAGAGAUGUUAUAUUUUCAUAGUAGAGAACACAAGAUCACACCCAUAUCUUACAUUCAUUCUCCAUUUCUCCAAGGUUUUUGUCUUGUUACAAUACUUUUAGUUUGUGCCUUUGUUUCCUUUUAGAUGAGGCACCAGUUUUGACCAAAGCCGCCAAAGCAUCAGUGGCGAUGAUGUGCAUUUCUAUUGUGCUGGUGUUCCUGCUUUGCUUUGGGUUUUCUUGGAGGAGAAGGGAUGGUGAGUCAGAAAAGCCACUGCAAUAACAGCAUUGGUGUAUAACUGGGAGAACAACAUUUUCUUUAGCUUUUUAUCAUUGGUGUUUACAUGUCUGUUUAAGGCCAAACACCAGGGCUUGAAGCUGCAAUAACUCUGCCCCUGAUUAGAGUUUCUUUGCCACUAACUUAAAGCUCCUGUGAGGAAUGGCUUAAAUUGAUAUUGAUGCUUUCUUAUGACACAUAAAAGCAAAACGAGACCGUUAGUAAUGAGACUGAUGUCUCUUUAAUUGAGGGUCGGGAGAUCGACAGGCAGAUCGGAGCGGCUAACCGAUCUGUCGUGGUGAAGAAAGAGCUGAGCCGUAAGGCGAGACUCUCGAUUUACCGGUCGAUCUACAUGCCGAUCCUCGACUAUGGUCAUGAACUUUGGGUAAUGGCUGAAAGAACAAGAUUGUGGAUACAAGCAGCCGAAAUGAGUUUCCUUAGCAGGAUGGACUGGCUCAGCCUUAGAGAUAGGGUAAGGAGCUCGGACACUCGGGAGGCGCUCAGAGUAGAACCGCUGCUCCUCCACGUCGAGAGGAGUCAGCUGAGGUGGCUCAGGUAUCUGGUUAGGACGCCUUCUAGACGCCUCCCAUUAGAAAUGUUCCAAACAUGUCUCACCUGGGGGAGACCUCAUGGCCCGCCCAGGACCAAGUGGAGGGAUUAUGUCUCUCGCCUGGCCUGGGAGCGCCUGGGAAUCCCCCCCUGGAGGAGCUGGUGGAAGUGGCUGGGGUGAGGGCCGUCUGGGCUUCCCUCCUGAAGCUGCUGCCCCCGUGAUCCGGACCUGGAUAAGCGGAAGAAAAUGACAACAUUUCUUAAAUUGUAAUUUUUGAUGUCUCACACUAGUUUAAGAGGGUAUGUCUGCCAGGCAGCUACAGAAAAGACCUGUUUUUACAGUUUCCAUGUUGUCAGCAGGAUGAGAUUUUUUCAUUGUCAGAGGUUAGUACUUGAGCCUGUAGGAGACAAUUUGAGAAAAGAUUACUUUGUCCACAGGAGGCGUGAAAAUUGAGAUAAACUUAAAGUUCCUCACAGGGGCUUUAAUCUACUCUUUGACAAUACUAUAAACUAUUAUGCUAAUUGUGGAAAAAACACUUAAUUAAACAAAAUUAAUUGACUCUAAAGGGAAAGGUGUGUUACUAUCUCAAAACAAUGCAAACUGCAAACCCUGUAAUCCUUUUCUUACACCUCUACCCCCCUUUUUUCCUCUCACUCACACCUUUAUCUUCACAGAGAAACAGAAAUCUCUAAAUGUGUCUGGGAUUAUCCUCCCUCCACGCGUGACAGUCGGUCAAAAGGGCAGAGUGACAGUGAGCAUUGAGGGCAGACGGGUGGACCGAGUCCAGACUGUGUGGUUCCUGAAUGACACCCCUAUCUCAGACACUUCAGUCGCAGGUAAGACCACUAAAACACAUCCACAUAAAUGAUGUUUACUCAGCGGUAAUUUUCACACCCUUUAAUCUGGAUGAAAUGUGCCUCACAGUUAAUGAAAAAUAUCUUUUAAAAAUCAUUGGAUUGUUGGGUUUAGCUGGAAAAAAACAUAAAGAUACAAAAUAUUCAAGAUGACUGUCAACCUGUAAAUCAGUACCACUGAAAUAUUAGCUCAAAGCAGCUACAUUAAAUUCACUAGUGUAUAAUUAUACAGUAUAUAAUUACACUAUGGUUAUAAGUGGCACCUCUGCACCACACUACUAGUAUGAAAUGUCAGACUCAUACAUCAGUCUGUAGAGGAGGUAAUUAUUAUCACUGCGUGUGCUGUCAGUCAAACUCAGACAAGAAUUCUUUGAUGUAUCUGAUGAUCAAUUUACAAACCACAAAGUAUGCAAACAAUGGAAAGAAUAGAUGACACCAUAGACCACCACAGGUGUAAUGAGUGAAAAAGUGAGCUCUGGAGGCGUUUUUGGUCACCUUUUGGGGGGUGGCAAGGUUGGCACUUUCCCUCUGUUUCCACACCUCUUGGUAAGUAAAGUUUUGUGAAUGUGUUUAAAUUGUUAUCAUAAUACUUUAUAUAGGUAUUAUGACAUAUCCAUUUUAUUUGUAUUUCAACUGUUUAUGUCUCUCUUUUACCCUUAAUUCUGCUAACAAUUUACAACCUCGUGCACAUAGACGCCUCUAAAUCUAACUUUAACUGCCUCUAUAACCCCCUAACCACCAUCCACCUGCCCUAUGGUCUAACUCUCACCUCCCCAGUGUCGGAGAAAGGCCGCCUGCUGCCCUCCAGAGACGAGAUGGGUUACUACAAGCUUCACACUCAAGGGCCUCUACACUCAUCCGGAAGUGGCAUUCAACAGCUGAUCUCCUCGCUCACCUUCAUUCCCCAGAUUUCCAUCCACAAGGGGACGGUGUUCAAGUGUCAAGUUUCCUAUGUGGGCAAAGAUAAGAUUGUGGCAGAGAGGGUGUCAGAGAAGUUUACAAUUCUGUGUAAGAUUUUUUCAUUUAUAAUUUUUAUGGUGUUUUAAAAUUCUCCUUACGUUUGAAUAACUCAUGUGAUUAAAAUGUUGUCUUGUAGCUGCUCCAUCAGUAUCAGAAAUCCAGCUAGCCGAGACACAAAAUGACCCAGGUGAGUUUUGUUCUUAUUUUCUUGUUGAUACGAUGUAAAAACCAAAGUGUUAAAGACUAUAUCUCUACAAUUUCUGUCUUCUAGAUGUUAUCAGCAUGACGGUACGGGCGUCACAUUUCCAUCCAGAUGUCAUCACCUUCCGCUGGUUCUGUGAGGGGAGCGAGCUGAGUCCUGUUGCCUCUCAGGCCUCGUCCUCUCCUCGACCAAACUCUGAAGGCUUUUUUUCAGCCUCCAGCCAGUGUAAACUGCCCAAGAGUGAACUGGAAAGAGGGAGCACCAAAGUGUGGGUCAGUGUCCAUCAUGUUGCUCUAAAGCAGCCCGUCACCCGUGAGACACGAGGUAAAAGGAGACAAAAACAGGAGAAAUUUAAGAUUAUAGUCUUAAAUAUGCAGAAAAAUCACAGAUUAAUGGUCCCUUUUUUACCCACAUAGGCUUCAUCAAGAGUCCGAGCGUGUCCGACAUCAUCCGCUCUGUUUCCACACACGAACAGCCUUUGACGCUCGGCUGUGAAAUCACAGACUUCUACCCUCCUAACAUCUCAGUCACCUGGCUGAAGCUCAGAGAGGGAGAGCGGGAUGACAGAGAGGAUGAGGUGAUAGAGGGAGGAGAGAUGUGGGGCCCUCUGCACACUCAGCCUAGACUCUACAAGGCCACGGCUACGCUAAAGAGGAGGGUAACAAAUGAAGAGAAGGAGAGAGGAGGGGGCAUUAUUUGUAGAGUGGAGCACUGUUCCCUUAAUGAGCCGAUUGAGAGACACUGGAGAAAUGUUGACAUCGGUAGGGAUCAUUACAGGCACUAAAAACAUACUAUUUUACCUGCUUUUAAACAUUUUUAAUCCACUUACACCUUAUUUGUGUUCCCCUAGUUGCUCCCUCCAUCCCCCCAUCGAUCUCUGUGUGUUGGAGCGGUGAAGGGGUCGGUGUGUUCUCCCUGCUGUUGAAGGGCGGUCACCCCAAGGCCAAACUAGCCUGGGCAGCAGGAGGAGCCACUCUUUCGCCACUAGUGUCCAACGAGACAGAGGAGAUAGGAGAUGAUGGACAGAGGGAGCUGAAGAGUUUGUGUGCUCUGGAGAGGUCCACAAGCCUUCCAAGUCCCAUCAGCAAACAGCAGGAGAGGCGAAAGAAUGGACACGCAAUAAGUACCCGGCCUUUUUCUUUCAUUAUAAAACCUGAUUUUUGCCAAAAUGAAGACUUUAGAUCCUUUUUUUAAACCCUGUGUGUAGAAUAUGAAGACAAGUUGUCGCCUUGAAGCUCCAGUUUAGUUUUUUUAGGUACAGCUACAGAAAUGAAGCAUUUAUUUUCCUUGCUGAGUGUUGUUGUCUCAUUUUAUUUGUUUUUUUUUUCUUUUAUAGAAACAAGAGCAGCAGUCACAGACCCCCACACUGAAGGGAUCGAAUACAUCGAUGAAAAAGACGAAGGAGAGAACAACAACACCGACAGAGAGGAGGAAACUAAGUCAGACCUGGAUGAGGACAGCGACAAAGAACUAGAAGAAGAACCAGGAGCUCUGUACAUCAACAAAGUCAACUUGAAGAAGGGACCCCGAGAAAGUGAAAAAGCAAACUUGAGAGUGUGUGUGGAAAUCACUCACCCUGCACUAAAACUUCCCGCCUAUCGAACCUGGACUGGUAAGAUAUGACAAACAACUCACUCAUGUUGUUGUAGAGCGUUUGUGGUGAGUAAAGACAGUACUGAAACUUUACGAGAAAAUUCUCAUAAAGUAUGUUGAGUGAAAGAUUGGAAAUAGGGCUCCAGACAGUUUGUUGAAAAAUAACAACAAUGACAAAAUAAACUAGAAAACUAUAAAAUGCGAUGCAAUAAAGAAAUGUUUAAUUGUUUCAACAGAAUCUAGAUUUUAACUGAGAGAAACAUUAAUACUAAUAAAGAUGACAUCUCUGUGCAGUAUUCACAGAAAAAUUGACUACCUAGCUCACCCCCAAGCUCUGUACCUUGUUGAUGCCAAAUCUGUUAGCCUAUAAUUUUUGUUAAAACACAAAAACAAACAACUUAUCAACACCAGGUUUAAAUUCCCAUUACAAGGAGCUUGUAAGCUUAUUUCACAAAAGUCAACCAUGAAUGCAGAGCUUUUUAACUGCGGUUAAAGCCUCUAUGUUCUGCAGUUUGUUCUGAGUACGUUUUCACCUGCUGUUCAGUGUUGCACAGGCCGGAUGCAGCAUCAACUCUUGGGUGUAAUGCGCCCCCUUCUGGGGAUUGAAUGCAAAGUCUACACUCCUAAUAGUAAGCCUGUGUGUCAUACAGGCUCCAUCUUAUUAUCUGUCUCUUGUCUUCUCUUUCAGAGCCAAACGAUGAAAACUCCUCCUCUGCAUGA